AUGUUGAUAGCCAUGAAACCAUUUAUCACGGGGCAUGAAGAAUUGAUUCAUGAUAUAAAAUAUGAUUUCUAUGGUAAGCACAUAGCUACAUGUUCAUCUGAUCAACAUAUAAAAGUAUUUGAUUUAGAUUCCACCACCAAUACUUGGGUUCUUAAUGAUCUGUGGAAAGCUCAUGACUCGCUGAUAGUUAAACUAAGUUGGGCUCAUCCUGAAUUCUCCAGUUCGAAGUUGCUUGCUUCAUGUUCAUACGAUAGAACAGUGAAGAUAUGGCAAGAACAACCUGAUGAAUUACAAGGGUCAGGAAGAAGAUGGUUGAAAUUGACGACAUUGGCUAUUGAAUCUUAUGGACCUAUUUAUGACGUUGUAUUUGCACCUAAUCAUUUUGGUCUUAAAUUAGGAUGUGUAGGGAGUGAUGGUAUUUUUAGAAUCUAUGAAAGUUUAGAUCCUUCGGAUUUGACCAAUUGGUCUUUAACUGUUGAAAUUCCCAUUUUAAAUCAACAAUUACCAGCAAAAAAUUUACAGAGUAGUUUCUCCAUUGAAUGGUGCCCAUCGAAAUUCUCCAGUUCUGAAAAGUUCAUAGUGAUUGCACUUGACCAAGGAUUCAUCUAUUCUUCUGUGGAAACCAAAAAGACUGAUAUAGCCGAAGAAGGUAAUGAACAAGAUAUUAAAUAUAAGAAAAUAUGUAAUUUACCCGAACAUAAUGGAUUGAUUAGAUCUGUUAGUUGGGCUCCUUCCAUGGGGAGAGGAUAUCAUUUGAUUGCCACUGGGUGUAAAGAUGGUUAUGUCAGGAUCUUCAAAGUAAUAGAAAAUUCAAAAGCUUUCAAAAUCGAAACUAUAGCAGCUUUAAAUGAUCACAACGGAGAAGUAUGGAGAGUAAAUUGGAAUCUCACAGGGACGAUAUUGAGUAGUGCAGGAGAUGAUGGUAAAGUCAGAUUAUGGAAAUGUAAUUAUUUGAAUGAAUGGAAAUGUAUGAGUAUAAUAAAUAGUAGUAAUAGAGAUGAGACUAGAAUUGAUCAAGAAGAGAUGGAACCAUCAAAUUAA